CAUUUGAAACAAAAAAGUCGGAGGAGGUAGAAUCAAAGAAGCAGCAGCAGUCAUGGCUUCCUCUAUAAUGUCCUCGGCCACUGUGGCCACCCUUAACCGCACCACCCCUGCUCAAGCCAACAUGGUUGCACCCUUCACUGGCCUCAAGUCCUCUGCUGCUUUCCCUGUCACCAGAAAGCCCAACAAUGACUUCUCUUCCCUAGCCAGCAAUGGUGGAAGAGUCCAGUGCAUGAAGGUAUGGCCAACAGUUGGCUUGAAGAAAUUUGAGACUCUCUCGUACCUUCCACAACUCACAGAAGCACAAUUGGCAAAGGAAAUCGACUACCUUAUUCGUAGUGGAUGGAUUCCUUGCCUGGAAUUCGAGUUGGAGCACGGAUUUGUGUACCGUGAGAACAACCGUUCACCAGGUUACUAUGAUGGGAGGUACUGGACCAUGUGGAAGCUCCCCAUGUAUGGAUGCACAGACUCUGCUCAGGUGCUCAAGGAGCUCCAGGAGGCCAAGACUGCUCACCCGAAUGGCUUCAUUCGGAUCAUCGGCUUCGACAACAAGCGUCAAGUGCAGUGCAUCAGUUUCAUUGCCUACAAGCCUCCUGGUCUCUAAAUAAGUUAAAUUUAAAUUUAGACUCUCUUUGGGGUUGUCUAAACAAUAUGUAUAACAAAAACCCCCUCUUUGCUUUUGUAUUUUUGUUUCUGUCUCUGUUUUUAUCAUUUUUGAGACAAUGAUCUUCUUUCCGGACUCUGGGUUUGCGGAUGCUGAAUGGAAAGGUUGAGAAUUGUUGAUAAACUGUAGUUUGUUGUGAUUGAUUCAGUUGAACCCUUUUGUUGCAAUUUUAAUUCAUCUUCACUAA